AUGGUCCCAUGCCCAAACGCCAAAUAUGGUUGUGCCGAGAAGUUCUCUUAUGGAAAAGAACUUGCCCAUGAGAAGGAAUGUGGUCUCGCUUUGUGCCAUUGUCCUGUACCAAACUGCAACUUCACGGGCAUGUACAAGGAUCUCUACGGUCACCAAUAUGAUAACCACAAAGCUCUGUGCAAUUCUUUCACGAGUGGCCGUUCCACUGUUGCAUGUCUACGCAUGAGGGACAAAAUUCUAGUCCUUCAGGAAUCUUGUGAUGGUCCACUGGUUGCGGUUCAGUGUUUCAAAGCACCAAUAGUAUUUUAUGUAACUGUGAACUGCAUAGCUCCUUGUGCUCCAGGAGUUGGGGAGUUCUCCUAUCACAUCUCCUACUCGUAUAGGGGUAAGACUUUGACGUUUGAAUUAGAGAAGAUGAAUAGGAUUCAGAAAGUGAGCUAUGAAACUCCUGAGAAGGACUUCAUGUUGGUUCCUUAUUAUAUCUUGGAUCUGAGUUGUGCGUUGAAGAUGAGAAUUUGCAUUCGUCGGCUCUAA